CGAUGAUAUAAAUUCGGCCGCAACGGCCCCAAUAGCCGUAUUCAUUUCUCAGUCGACGAGUCGCACGAUCUGAUCCCAAGCCAGCCAAGAUGUUCAAGUUCUUCUUCGUCGCCGCUCUGGUGCCAGCGAUGGCCAUGGCCGCCGUCAACUUCCGUGCCUGCCCCAACGGAGCCCCAACCCCGGCCUCUCUGACCGUGAACAACUGUUCCGGAGAUGAGUGCAUCCUGGUUGCCGGACAGGCCCUGAAUGCCCGUGCCAACGGAAUCGUGAGCCCGGUUGGAAGUGCCAGCGCCACUGCCCACAUUGUUGCCCGUGUUGCCGGUUUGGAUGUCGGUUUCGAACUGCCCCCAGAGCUGACCAACGCCUGCCAGGCUGGACUCGUCGCUGGAUGCCCAAUUGUGGCCGGAACCGCUUUCGAUUACGUCCUGAUCGAUGACUCCCUGGAUGCCCCGGCCCGUGACAUCCCCGUCGAAAUCGAAGUCGGUCUGACCGGUGAUGGUGGCGUUGCUCUGGCUUGCGUCCGUUUCGAUGCCAGAAUCCAGUAAGUGUCGUUUGUUUGAGGAAUAAAUGUCGUUUUGUAAGAAAAAA